AUGAAGGUUCAUAUCAAGUCCUGGAAUGGAGUGGCCUCCUGGCUGUGGGUGGCCAAUGAUGACAACUGUGGAAUCUGCCGGAUGGCGUUCAAUGGCUGCUGUCCGGACUGUAAGGUUCCAGGAGACGACUGCCCGUUGGUGUGGGGUCACUGCUCACACUGCUUCCACAUGCACUGCAUCCUCAAGUGGCUGAACUCCCAGCAAGUACAGCAGCACUGCCCUAUGUGCCGCCAGGAGUGGAAGUUCAAGGAGUAG